AUGAACAACGUCAAGGGAGAGGGGUCAGCUGCGAUUUCGAGCAACGCUGGGAAUGGUAACAACAAUAUUAAUAACAACAACGGUAACGUGAACAACAAUGGAAAAGCGUCUGUUGUUACGGGGGCCGUGGUCGGUGCCAAUGGCGGCGAGAGAAUCAGCGCGGCGGUCACCAAAGUUCUUCAGGGAUACGACUGGACCCUGGUACCCGUCGCUACCAAGGGUUCCGGCGACAAAAGAGCGGCCCACGUCAAGAGGCCCAUGAACGCGUUCAUGGUCUGGGCCCAAGCUGCCAGGCGGAUACUGGCCGAUCAGUAUCCUCAGCUGCACAACGCCGAGCUCUCCAAGACCCUCGGGAAACUCUGGCGACUGCUCUCGGACAACGAGAAGAAACCGUUCAUCGAAGAGGCCGAUCGUCUCCGAGUGAUUCACAAAAGGGAGCAUCCAGAUUACAAGUACCAACCCCGUCGUCGAAAGCAGAACGGACCCGCUGGCAGAGACGGUUCGCCCUCCAGGAGUCAGAGCAACGUGACCUUUAACGUGUCCAGGUCUCUGAAGCAGGAGGACAUGAGCCCCAGAGGGGCGCAGGGACCGAAUUCACCCCAGAGCGGAGUCAGCUCGUCGCCGCCGACCACACCGAAUCAGGGACUUUCGCCACCGACUCCGCCUACCACACCCCGUGGCCAGCAUUACAUAAAUCAGGGCAAUCAGCCGCAACAAAACAGUUCCAUGUACCAUCAGGAUCUAGCCAUCAGUUCGUCGAGCGAGUCUCCGCAUCAGCAACAAUCCGGUGUCGAUUACCGAUACAUCGAGGUCGGUGAUGGUCUGCCGAUCGAGGAGGGCCAACUGAACGGGUUGGGUUCUUUGGGUGGCGUUGGUUUAAAUAUUCCCCUGAACCUUCAGGAGUGCGAGGUCGAAAGCAACGAGCUGGAUCAGUACCUACGGCCUCAGGUGCCACCGGUCCACAUACCGCCGUCGACCACCACCGCGUCUCAAUGGGCGUUCAACAGAUACGAGGACGAGGUCGAGAGGCCCAACAAAAGACACUGCUCGGAACAGACGAUACCCGACGGUUCCUGGGAGGAUCGAUCCCAAGAGAUAGUCAUGUACCACGAGCUUCAACCCCCACUGCCCCCGAUGCAGUACAUUUCCUCGUCCCACAAUGCCCAUUACUCGCACGCGAGCGCGCCGAUGAGCCAUCCCCACGUGUCAACGUCCUACGCGCAAUAUCAACGCUACGUACCUGGCAUCGAAACCUGGCCCCACUACAUGUAA